AUGGAAAUAGUGGGAGUCGAACAUGGGUCUAAGAAAAUGUAUUAUUCAAUUAACAAAAUUCUAGAAAUUGUUAUGAAAGUCGCUCAAAGAUCCCUAACUGUGGUCAUCUUUAGUAAAAGUUCUUGCAUCUUGUCGCACACUAUCAAGUCCCUCUUUAAUGACUUGGGUGUGAACCCUACUAUAUAUGAACUUGACGACAUAUCAAGAAGCCAUGACAUUGAGCGUGCACUUUCUGGGCUUGGAUGUAGUACUCUACCUACAAUCUUCAUUGGUGGAGAGUUAUUCCUACAGUUAGUUGGUGGAGCUAAUGAGAUUAUGAGUCUUCAACUCAAAAGCAGUUUGAAGCCAAUGCUGAUUAAGGUUGGAGCUCUAUGGGUAUUGGACAAGGCUAUACUAGUUCAACUAGGUUCUGAUUUUGUGCAACUCCACUCUCGUGUGAUUUUUGUUUGUAGUUAUGGUAAGAAAUAA